CUCCCCCAGUGAUGAGGCCCUUGGGUUCAGCUUCCUGUUUCCCCAACACAAGGCCUGGUUAUCUCCCUUCCCCACCCUCUGCCCUAACUUUCACCAUUCUCUACCCCCAACCCCAGUUUCCACUUCCAAGUCCCUCUCCUGGACCCCAUUCCUUCCUGGCAACCCAGAAUUUGGACUGGAGUCCUGAGGGAACACUGGGAAAAGGAAUAAAAGACCACCGUUUCCUUCUCUGAUUCCCUCUUGGGGGCCUCAGGGACAUGCUCAAGCAGUGUCACCUUUCCCCCCCUUAGGGUGGAGUGGGAGUGUCCUUUGAUUCACGAAGCAGGGAAACUGAGGCAGAAGUCCUGUGUUCAAGGAGACUGGCAGAGAAACAAGGAGUUUCCCAGGAUUCCAUCUCCUCAACACCCCCUUCCCCAUCGUGUGGGUGACCUGAGAACCUCUCCUCUGGACCCACUCCCUAGAUCGUCCCGCCCGCCCCCCUCGCCAGUCCCCUCCCCAGGUUCUGGGCGGGGCGGUCAGUGAGUCAGCUCCCUGAUCCAGUCCAGGAGGGGGUAGAGCUGGAGGCGCUGGGUGUGGAGUCCGCAGGACUGGUCGGGAGGCCGUGUCGGGAGUGAGAGGGUCUGAUCGGGCUCGAGCAGCGCUGAAGGGCCCGUCCUGGGUCUAGGGGAGAGAAUCUCUUCUGUGAGACCCGCCUUCCCCGGCCCCGGCCCCUCCCAGUUCCCCCAGCGACGGCCGCUUCCUGCUCUUGGUCGCAACCAUGGCUGAAGAACAACCUCAGGUCGAAUUGUUCGUAAAGGCUGGCAGUGAUGGGGCCAAGAUCGGAAACUGCCCCUUCUCCCAGAGACUGUUCAUGGUGCUCUGGCUCAAGGGAGUUACCUUCAAUGUCACCACUGUGGACACCAAGAGGCGGACUGAGACGGUGCAGAAACUGUGCCCAGGGGGACAGCUCCCUUUCCUGCUGUACGGCACUGAAGUGCACACAGAUACCAACAAGAUCGAGGAAUUUCUGGAGGCAGUGCUAUGCCCUCCCAGGUACCCCAAGCUGGCAGCUCUGAACCCUGAAUCCAACACAGCUGGGCUGGACAUAUUUGCUAAAUUUUCUGCCUACAUUAAGAAUUCAAACCCAGCUCUCAAUGACAACCUGGAGAAGGGGCUCCUGAAAGCCCUGAAAGUCUUAGACAAUUACUUGACAUCCCCUCUCCCAGAAGAAGUGGAUGAGACCAGUGCUGAGGAUGAGGGCAUCUCUCAGAGGAAGUUUCUGGAUGGCAAUGAGCUCACUUUGGCUGACUGCAACCUGUUGCCAAAGCUCCACAUAGUACAGGUGGUCUGUAAGAAGUACCGGGGAUUCUCCAUUCCGGAUGCGUUUCGUGGAGUGCAUCGAUACCUGCGCAAUGCCUAUGCUCGGGAAGAGUUUGCCUCCACCUGUCCAGACGAUGAGGAGAUCGAGCUGGCCUACGAGCAAGUGGCCAAGGCCCUCAAAUAAGCCUCUCCUGGGGCUCCUUCUCCCCCCUCCUCCAUUUCCUUCACAAAGGCCCUGGGUGUUUUCCACGUGGCUACGCAAUGGAAAUGGACACACUCCAAAAUGGGGCAGUGGGCACAGAAUCCAGGAGCAUUUGUGCAGGGCUUGCUGGGGGUGGGGGGUGGGGGUGAGGAGAAAGGAUGGGAGAUCUGGGUGAGAUUUUUAUUGUGGGGUGGGGUGGGUAGGACGACGUUGUUUCAGUAAUAAAAUACAGAAUGAAAAUC